AUGGACGGGGCUGCCGCCUUGGGGGGCGUCUACGGCGCCCCACUGGCCGUCAUUUCGAUGUCUGGGAGCUUCGUGAAGGCGCUACACAUUUCUCCGCAGCAGGCUUCCCUGCUGUGCCCCGUGUUUGCCACACGCGUGCGUCGCCAGUCGGUUGGAAUCCUCACCACGAGUUGGCUCCCGCGCCUUCUUCUUGUGACGGGGUCCGGUCAGCUGCUGCUCAUCGACGCCAGCGAUGGGCGCGUCACACACGAGGCAUCGCUCGUCUUCUGCGGGCCCCCGCCCGCCGCGGAGGACCAGCGGCUUGUGCACAUUGUGUUGCAGCAGCAGCAGGCCAGGGAUGCACCGAAAACCACCUUGUGGAUGCGAGUUACCGUGAACAAUUCGCUCUUUGCGGCCAUUCUUCGUUUUAACGGACCCGCUCAAGGGCUUCCGCUGGAGCUGCUCCGCGUCAUUCUGCACUUUGUGCCCGAACGCCAUGUCUCGGUGCAGCAGUGCGUGCGCUCAGGACCGCUUGCCAAGUACGUCGGGAAGAGUCUUUGCAGCCUCUCUGAGAAAACCUGUCGUGGAAAAGGGGGUGCGGCGCGGGGAGCUUUUGCUUUGCCGCGGCCUACGAGGACGCACUACAUGAAUUCUGUCGUCGCGGAGGAGCAGGAGCGGAAAAAGGCGCUCCGGGCCGAAACGGCGGCGCAGCAACGCGAACGCAAUGAGGAACCCGCGCAGGAGCACGACGCACAGGCGGUGGGCGUCCCGCACCUCACCGCCGAGGAGGUAGUGCUGCCUGAUAAAGGUGCUAUCGCGGCGGAAGCCGCGUUGCCCUCAGAAGCGGAUGAGGAGGAGGAGGAGGACAAUGAUGGGCCGCGCGCUGUCGACCAUGCCGCGGAGCCACAGGGAACCCCAACGGAGACACUAAGCAGUUCGACUGAGCUGCUGACGGAGGCUGAGGCGCAUGACGCGGCGGCGGCCCCGUCGCAGAGCGAGAAGUCCGUGUCAGCCGACCUCACCGGGCAGCAACCGCUGCGGCAGGAGGGCGACGCGGCCGAGUUGGGCUUUGAACUCCCGGCAGCGGCAGGCCCGACGGAAGCGGGUGAGUUGCCAGGGAGGGCGGCAACAGAUGCGUCGGCGCGGCGGGCGAGCACAACGGACGAGGCAUGGAUGUCGCCUUGGCGUGGGACAGAGCCCAACGACGCGGCCUUGGCUGGACGCGAAGCAGGAGACAACACCGCCAAUGAGGAGCCGUGGCGUACGGCGGCCUUCCCACCGCAUGAGGAGGAAGCGGCGGAGGAGAAGGAGACAUGCAUGGCGCCGCCGUCGCAGCCCAGUGGACUGUGUGCGGCAGCAACCCCUGCUAUAAUUACAGAGUCGAAUGAGGACACCGAGGGUGGCCUGGCCCAUAAGGCGGGCUCCCGCACUCCACUCGAAGUUGCGGAGCUUCCCCCGCCUCUUCUUCCCGCGUACCUUUUCCGGUUGGAUGACAAACCCGGCAACGCCGCCGCGGUACCCGUCGCGCGUGAGCCGUGCAACGUGGAGGAGUCCCUGCCCGUCUGCAGCGGCGUUGCUGCGGCUGUGCCCCCUCACGACAGCGACGCCGGGCCUCUGCAGGUCAACGGGGCCCACAUACUCUCCGUGUAUCCCCUCCAGCGUUCGAUGCGAGAUGCCACCAGUAAAAGUGCCGAACGCCGUGAUGCGGAAGAGCGGUGGCGGCAGGCGUAUCAAAAAAAUCUUGGAAAGAAGGCCGAAUCCCGCGUGUGCGAAACAUCCCCUGUAAGGAAGUACAGGCGAGAUUCUUUGUCGCUGUACGAGAUGGGCACGGGCCUGAAAUUCCUCGGGGAUAGAUAG